AAACAAAAAUAGAAGGAAAAAAACUUAAGAUGGUUGGCAUGUGGUCUUUAUUCCGUGACACAGAUCAGAGCAAGACCACAUGGGCGUUCAAAGCGAAAGACAUACGCGUUUAUCGUGAAUCGGCACACGACUGCUUUCCGGAGUCACUAGAGAUUGUGUUUCAUGAUGAGGAGGUUUGUCUAUCUUUGGUUGAAUUGCGUCCCCAUAUAUGAUUAAAAGUGAUCCAAUGUGCACAAAUUGGAGUUAAAAGUUAAAACGAAUGUAUUGUGUUUCGGGAUCAACCUAGACCAUUUGCUUUUCCAAGUUUAACCUAAAAUGUGGGGAUGUAUUAUGCUGGAAGUUUUAGGGAGAAAAUGUAUGAAAAACACAGUUUUUGUAUGUUCUAUAAAUAGGAUCAAGAUGGUCAUAUAGUGAAAAAACACAGUUUUUUAUGUUCUCUUUAUACAUUUUCUAGAUUUUAACCUAUAUGCUCACUCUGUACCUAAUUUAAAAUUUUACUUUUUCAUUCCAAAUUCCUUUUUAUAAUUUUAACAUUCUAAAUUUCAGGGAUAAAAAAUGCAUGCACACAUUCCGGACCAAUACAUCAACAGGUUUAACGGUAUAUUCAAGGAAGGUCGUGUUUUCGCGGUCAAAAAUUUUAUGGUGGAGGAAAAUUAUAUGUUUUUUAAAACUACAACCAGUGCCUAUAGACUGUGUUUCUUCAUCAAAAGCGCUGCAUUUGAGAUCAAGGGUGUUCCCUUCCCGUUACGGACUUUCUCACUUGUGUCUUUUGCUUCGCUACAAGCUCUGGAUAUGUUUUUUAAGACUUCGUGUUAAGACUUCGUGCCAAAAAAAUUAUAUGUUUUUUAAAACUACAACCAGUGCCUAUAGACUAUGUUAAGACUUCGUGUUCUAAAUAUUGUCAUCUAAUUCAACGUUUAUCUAAAGAUAUAAUAGGCCAAGUGGUACAUGACUAGGACCCUAAGACUAUUCUAAAGAAUGAAAGGCCAAGGAAGCUCAUGGAGCUGAUUUUGGGUGACACGGAGUGAGUUAACAAUUGAUUAUAAAAUACUUCUUAAAUAUUUAUUAAGGUUUCUUGAUAUAUUCUAAUAGAUUUGAACGUAAUGUCUUCAUAUGGGAAACGUCAUAGCAUGCACUCUUUGGGGACCAAUGGUUGAAAUGCUAUUGACAUAUACGCUUACAACAUCGGAUCCAAUCGUUAUGCUACUCCAGUGUUAUUGGGCUAGGAAAUACCAGGGUUUUUUCUAAGGUCUUACAAAGCUAUGAUCCUUUGUUGUUCUUCGAGUAACUAACUUAAUAAAUUUUGGUUAGGCCACAUUCAUACGUGUUCAACACCACUAAAGUCAUUUUGAAUGGAAGCGGGGAUGAAUUUGUGGAAUUCAGGUCUAGGUAGGUUCGAGAACACUUCUUAUUCUAGAUCCUAAAUAUAAGAUUCGCAGAGUUGUUUAUCCUUACUGGAAAAAAAACCUUAAACAGGAUGGGAGAAAGGUCGGUUCAGGGAUUGAGCUUCACCAUAACAUCGGACAACUCCAACGAUGGUGACAUUGCGAGUGAGCAGCAGGAGUUGUUGACUAUCGAAGAACUAAGCAAACUGCAGGAGGAUGGUAAGCACUGGGUGCAUGAGGAAAUUGUGGCCAUUGACAGCCAUAAGGAUUGGUCUUACGCUUCAUGCAUUGGGUGUAACCGGAAGGUUUCACCAAAUGGUGAUAGCUUUUUGUGUGUAUCUUGCAGCUCGAACGACGCAGUUCUCAGGUACAAGGUCAAUGUGAGGGUUGUUGAUGGCACAACCCAUGCUUCUUUCUUGCUUUGGGAUAGAGAGGUCUCCUGUUUGCUAGGCAAAUCUGCCGCUUCGCUCAAAGAGCAGAUAUCUAGGGUUGGUUUUAAUCCUAUUUCCAUCUUUCUUAGUUUCCCUACUACGCAACAUUAACGCUUGCUAUUGAUUUAGAGGAACUUUGGACCGCAUUACUUUCCAUCAGAGAUAAAUUCUUUUAUUGACAUCAAGGCGCUGAUUUGAGCGCAGUUCAAAAAGAGAGCAGAAACUUUAAGGGAAACCAGACUUUCAGCGUGAUGAAGAUGAACACGGACCAAAAAGUACUGACACUCUACUCUGCUAAGAUAAUCGAAAAGGGCGUACGUAAAGUUUUUUCUAUGUAUUGCAUGACUAAAUUUUAUGAUACAGUUCACUCAUUAUUCUUUUCUUUUGUUAGGAGGAAGAUAAGUUCAGCAAGUUGGCUUCAAAAUUUUCUGGGUCUGAAAAGGUAGUGGGUUUGUUAACGUUAGUUAUAAGUUUUUCAUUUCAAAGCACCUGAUUGUUAAGA